UGGUUUGUUUUCUGUGUGUGCAUGCUGAUGAAGGUUCUCACUCAUCCAGGCCAUGGUAACCCAAAAGGGUUUCAAUGAAGGCAACUGGGCUUCUUUGGUUUCUUGAAGACAUUUCGCUUCUUAUUCAAGGAGCUUUGUCAAUUCUGACAGGAAUAUGGGAGAGUCAAGCUUAUAAAGUGUAGCUGUCUGUUGUUCCUUAAUGAGCUGAAACUACAUAUGAAUACCCCUCCUCCCUAUCCCAAAAACUCAAUGUCAUUAAGAUCUAUUGUGUUUGUGAUUGUUUUGAUCAGAUGCAGGAGAGUGCGACUUAGACUCAAAGUGUUUUGGUUUAACUGGAAAAGUGAAACCUGAGGCCUUCUCCUCUGUUUGAUGUAGGUAUUUAACUUUUUUUCUGCGUGUGGGUUAAUUUCUGUUACAGCCUGACUCAAGGGCAAUGACAAACAGAGGGAGACGGCAUGCAGUGCUUGUAUUUUAAAACAACGAUUUGUUUAACUAAACAGGUAAAAUGACUAAUCAAAAGUAAUAUCAGAUGGUCUGGAUUACUUGUAGAUAAAUGGAUUAUUUUUUCAUUUUAUGUUACAUUUCCUUUCUUGCUGUAAAUGAUGCUGUCCUGUGUUUACUUGUAUUCAUUUUAACAAAAGCUUUAACUUUUAUUUAAAAAUAUCACUAGAAACUCUUUAAUAGCAGCAGAUUCUUAUGACUAAAUAAUAAUAAUGAUAAUAAUGAUGAUAAUAAAUGAUUUUGUCAUUCAUUGAUCAUAAAGUUCUUGUGUUGUUCAUCCCAUUUAGUUUUUCUUACAGAAAUAAAGGUCAAACAUCAUCUGUAAACUUCUUUGAGUACAAUAAAAAUACAAUUUACACCAGUCACUGAUUGUUUAUUGAUUUUAUUAGAAAAAAGUUAAUCACAGAAACAGAAAUGAAGUCAUUUUGGAAGGCUCCUGGUAUCAACAUGGAAACAUUACUUCAGGCGAUCUUUACACAACACAGGAAAAGUCAGUUCAAGGCAAAACAUGUGGUGAUGUACACAAACUGAGGUGUGUGGUUCACUGGGUUCUUCCAGUAGCAGAAAAAGACGUUUUCCUUUCAGCAGCUUUGAAUUUUUCAGUUUUCGGUCUUGGACCUCAAGGACAACAUGGGCCACCGGACUGUGGUGAUGUACGUGGAGAUCGGCUGCUUCGUGGUCUGUGUAGCUGGAUGGAUCCUUGUUUGUUCCACGAUGCCGACCGAGAUCUGGACCUGGUCGGAGGUUAGCGGGCUUGUCGUGACGACGGCGAACUACUACUCCAACCUGUGGAAGGACUGUGUUUCUGACUCAACGGGAGUGUCGGACUGCAAAGGGAUUCCAUCGCUGAUGGCACUGAACUGGGACAUCCACAUGUGUCGAGCUCUCAUCAUCACCGGCAUUGUCCUGGCUUUCUUUGGCUCCAUUCUGGUUUUAGUGGGGAUGAAGUGCACCAAGAUCGGCGGGUCAGAGAUUACUAAUGCAAAAGUGACCUUUGCUGGAGGGAUGAACUACCUUAUGGGGGGGAUGUGUGCCAUGGUUGCUUUUUGCUAUUAUGGAAAUAAAAUCAGAUCAGAGUUUGAAGACCCCACCUACGUUGCUCAGAAGUUUGAAAUCGGUGUUGGAGUUUUCAUCGGCUGGGGCGGGUCGACUCUACUUAUUGUCGGAGGUCUUAUUUACAGCAUCUUAGCAGGGAGAGAAGCUUGCAGCUCAGGCCCAGAGAGAUUCUCACCCAGCCAGUUCCCCGGCUACACGUUUGUUCCAUCGAGGGUGAGCUACGUGUCAUCGGCUCGCACAGAGACCACAGAGAAAUCAAAGAGCUCCAGUGAAAGCAGAGCCAGCAGCAUCUCUGCCAUCUCCAGCACCACCAAAGUGACAGGCAGCCACGCCUACGUAUGACUCGUCUUCAUCUGAGGAAAAGAGAAGACCAUGUUUGAGCUGUGAAAUUUAACCAAUUGCACUGUUGUAAAAACCCUUAAAGACAUGUUUAUUGGUGCAGAUGUUAAACUUAAAUUCAAACCUUUUGAUCUUCAUUCAUUUGAAGGACUCUUGGAGAUUGAUCAGGAUUUCUACAAUAUUUGUUAAUCAAUUUUUGUAUAUAUAAACAUUUAAAAUAUACACAUAUUUCCAGUGAUUUAUUGAAGCAAAUUUCACAUGCAAAUUAUU